CAUGUACUCAGCACAGCAAGCACUAGACUGGUGGUAAAUGGUUCGGAAAUACCUUGCAAAUAAUUCCAUUUAGUGCUUCGCGAACUCGUUGCGCGUGAUAUGUGGCGACUUUGCCCGCGCCUGUCCCUUCUCCGAGGACGGAAUUAUCACUCCGGAAAGGGAUGCUACGGCCACAGGCAAGCGGCCAGGUCUUCAGGUGCAACAGAAGCACCAUGGGGUGAGACGGAAUUGGACAAUCGUGCCGCCCACGCCAACAUUCUUCGUCUGGCGACCGCAUACCGUGACCAUGGACACCGCUAUGCGCACAUCAACCCACUGCGCAGUGCAGAGGACGUGCCCAGUGACCGGCCCGAGCUCAGUACGGAUGCUUUCCGAGUUUCACCCACUGACAAGUUCCCUGCAGCCGGCAUUGUCCACAGCGCACCGUCGGACAGCACCAUGCUGGAUGUUGAGGAGAUGGAAGCCACCCUCCAGUCACUCUACUGUGGAUCUAUAAGUGUGGAGACGCAGCACAUGCCUAACGAGGCUGAGCGCGAGUGGUUUGUGCGCGAGUACGAAUCUCGGCGGCUCGCUCCUAUCAGCGACGAUUGUCGCCAGCAGCUGGCAGAAAUCAUGCUCAAAUCUCAGGCCUUUGAUCAGUUUAUGACUAAGCGUUACAGCACGGUGAAGCGCUAUAGCGGUGAAGGUGCGGAGGGUAUGCUCUGCUUCGUCGAUCAGCUUGUGUCGUCGUGUGCUGGCGAGGGCAUUGAGCAGGUUGUGAUUGGCAUGCCUCACCGCGGACGUCUCAAUCUGAUGACUGGCAUGCUCAAGUACUCUCCACAGGCCAUGUUCCAUAAGCUUGCUGGCAACUCACUGCUGCCCGAGGGUACGCAAGGAGAGGAGGAUGUGCUCAUGCACUUAUAUGCCAACGUGGAUGUAGCUGCGUCCAAUGGUGCAGGCUCUGUCAAUGUCACUCUCCUCCCCAACCCAUCGCAUUUGGAGGCCGUUAACCCGGUGGCGUGUGGUGUGGCCAGGUCACGGGAGCAGCAGAUGUCUGCAGGCCAUUACAGUCAGGAGAGCGACGUGUCCUUGUCUGGUGAUAAGGUUCUUUGUUUCCUAGUUCAUGGCGAUGCAGCGUGCGUUGCUCAGGGCAUUGUCAACGAAACGCUCGGCUUUUCGCAAGUUCCCCAUUUCAGCACGGGAGGCAACGUGCACCUCAUUGUCAACAAUCAGCUGGGUUUCACCACGCCCAGCGAUCGAGGACGAUCAUCGGCGUACGCCAGCGACAUUGGAAAGGCGAUCGGCACGCCCGUCUUGCACGUGAACGGUGACGAUCCCGAAGCCGUUGUCAGGGCGUGUGAGAUUGCGUUGGCCUACCGGCAAGUGUGGCGCAAGGACGUCAUCGUCGACAUGCUCUGCUACCGACGCUGGGGCCACAAUGAGAUGGACGAGCCCAUGUUCACACAGCCGCUGAUGUACGAGAACAUCAACCAGCGCACCAGCGUUCCCGAUGCCUACGUCGAGAAGCUCAAGGAAAAUGCAGCAUCAGUGGAUGUUGGCAAGCUGAGCUCUGUCGGUACGGAUCACUUUGCCUGGUUGGACCAGCAACAAUCCUCACUCUCUGACUACAAAGUAGAUGAUAAGAUCUGUUGCUAUCCGUGGAAGGAUGCCGGCCUUGUGCAGCCACAGUCCGCCAGCAUCACGUCCUGGGAUACUGGCUGUCCAGCUGACUUUCUUCAGUUCAUUGCUGCUAAAUCAGUGCAACUACCUGAUGGGUUGGAUGUUCAUCAACGUCUUCAGCGUGCACAUGUAGAUGCUCGGCUAGCGCAAGUGGCGGACGCAUCCACUUCCAAGGUUGACUGGGCAACAGCUGAAUGCAUGGCCAUGGGAUCACUACUGCUGCAAGGCAUGCCUGUACGCAUAUGCGGACAAGACGUGGGCCGUGGCACUUUCAGCCAUCGCCAUGCCAUGUUAGUGGACCAGACAUCCGACCAGCUCCACAUCCCACUCAAUCAUAUGACGGCAGACCAGCCAGCUUUCUUGGAGGUAUGCAACAGUCCACUGUCCGAGGAAGCAGUGCUGGGCUUUGAGUACGGUAUCAGUAUUGACAAUCCACGUGCUCUGAGCAUCUGGGAGGCGCAGUUUGGUGACUUCUUCAACGGCGCCCAGAUCAUUCUAGACACGUAUGUCACGUCAGGAGAAAGCAAAUGGCAGUUCCAGAGUGGACUCGUUCUGCUACUCCCAACCGGUAUGGAUGGGGCUGGCCCGGAUCAUUCCUCGUGUCGACUAGAACGCUUCCUGCAGCUGAGUGACAGUAAGGAAGCGACUCUGGACGGCGACUCUGUCAACUGGCAUGUAGCCUUUCCCACCACACCAGCACAGUACUAUCACCUGCUUCGGCGACAGAUGAUUCGCAACUUCCGUAAACCACUCGUUGUUGCCGCUCCGAAGGUCUUGCUGCGACUUCCCGCAGCCACCUCACCUCUGUCUGACAUGGCUGCUGGCACGACGUUUCAACAAGUCAUCUCUGACCAGCAUGUAGACGCUAGCAAAGUACAACGUGUCAUCUUCUGCUCCGGCAAGCAUUACUAUGCACUGGCUGAGCAGCGAGAGAAACUCGGACAGUGGGAUACUGCCAUCGUGCGCCUUGAGUUACUAGCCCCAUUCCCAGUCCACGCUGUCGCUGAAGCGGUGGCACAGUUUUCCAAGGCGAAAACUUUUGUGUGGAGCCAGGAGGAAGGUCGCAAUCAAGGUGCAUGGAGUCACGUGGCAGCGCGCUUCUCCGCACAGCUCAACAUCAAGCUGGUGUAUUGUGGAAGGGGAGAGUCGGCCACGCCCGCCGUCGGCGUGGGCAAACGCCAUCAGCGCGAGGCUACAGCUGUUAUCACCGAGCCUUUCACCAUCUCCAAAUGAUACACCAGAGGAGCAGUCCCCAGCUAGCCACAAUUCACCACUAAUAAACACCAUCAGCACGAGAGCCGAAUAAGAUCAGAUCAGCUGCCCCACAGCUACAAAUCACUCUAAAAAUAAUGUUGCACCGAACAAGCUUUUGACUUGCAAAAAUCAUAUUCAAAUCAUGGCAUGUAAAUUUUCACACUUCAAGCUACGUAAAAUAAUGGUGUACGUGGCGGGCUUCUCUGUUGUGUGUGGUAAAAAUAUUUGUUCCACUCAUUGAAAAUAGUUGGGUACUGUGAAAAUACUCCUACUACUAUAAUUAUUUCGUGAAGCGUAUAAAAAUAGAACCUAUUUUCAGUAGGCACGAUACUCUAAUUUUAGUAGCCGUCAUAUAGUUCACGACAUAUCAAGCGAGUUGCUGUUGUGUCUCAAGUCUCAACGCAUCGGAUGCAUAAUUAUAAUCUUUAUGUGGCCAGAGAAACCUCAUGUUUUUUACUUGUACAUGUAGCAGAUUUCGAUCAAGAUAUCAUUUCAAAUUUGAGUAUACUCACAAUCAAGUACAAUGUCGAACAAGA